CUCAUUCAGUGAAAAAAAAUCAUAGAGAACACACACACAGAGAGAGAAAAAAAAAAAAGGAUGUCUGUCGAGAUGGAGAAAGAGUGCAGGGUGCCGAUGGCGGAGGAGAGCGAGCGCAGGGAGGAGGAGAAGAAGUUCGUUCUGUGCACCAAGGCCAACCUGGGUCUGCUGGCGUGCACUUUGCUGCUGGUGGGGUGCGCGGCGGCCGUGCUGCUGACGGCGAAUCAGGGUUUAUCGCAGAAAGAUGAACAUUUGGGAGCGCUGAAACUCUCGAUGAGACAAACUCACGUCAGAGCGGCCAUUCAUCUGGACGGUAAAUACGACGACGAGACGGGCACGGUGCGCUGGCAGAAGGACACAGACCAGUCGUACUCCCAGGGCGAGCUGACGCUGGACAACAACGAGAUCGUGAUUCCCCUGAGCGGGCCGUACUUCGUCUACAGCCAGGCCUCGUACCGCCUCACCUGCAGCAGCGAGGAAGAAGACGGGGAGGAGGAGGAAGAAGAGGAGAGCGGCGGCUUGGUGCACAUCAGUCACACGGUGGAACGCAAAUCCGAUUCGGUUGGAUCCGGAGAGGAGCCGGAGGAGGAUUACAACUCCAUCCUGCACUCGGUGAGGACGGCCUGCCACAGACACCGGCACAAGGGCCACUGGUUCACCGGGGUCUACGUGGGCGCCAUGUUCAACCUGAAGCGGGGGGAUCGACUUCGCGUAAACCUGACGGAGAACCCCAACAUCCGGUCCAACCUGGACGACGAUAACGGCGAGACCUUCUUCGGGGUCUUCGCUCUGUAAGUUUGGACUGGAACCGGGGGGGGGGGGGUAUCCGGGUUUAGACCUGAGUCCGGACCAAAGACCAGACCAGGGACCAGACAGAGUACAAGUCCAAGUACUGCCGUUAGCUUCUGCACUCACUACAGACCGGUGCUCAGGGACAAAUGAAGAGUUUACAAGUGUAUUUAUUGAAACGACGUGUUUGCUUAUUUGUUUAUUUAUGGAUGUACUUAUUUAUUUAUUUAUUUAUUUGUGAAAGUGUGUAUUUAUUUAUUAAUUAAUUUAUUUCUAUUUAUACAAUAUGUUCUUAUUUUUCCAGAACAAUGUUUUGUUUUUUUUCAAUAAACAAAGGCGCUGCAUCUGUGGUGCCGCAACUGUGA